AUGGUGCGCAUCCCCAACCAGCAGCGCACAAUUUGGCUGCGAUACAAACGAAUGUACCCAGUUGACAACAAUGAAUGGGGAGACUUCCAGGCUCAUAGAAAAGUCCUUGGACUUAUCUGCAUUGGUAAAUGUCACAACAUGAAAGAGUUUGAAGAAACCUUUGAAAGUUACAAAAAGAUCAAGGAGGACUAUGCCAACACAAUCUUCAAUUCUCGCCUUAUUCUGUUUGGGAUGAACAGAGAUGGGACUCCACUGGAAGAAAUUAAUUCAUCUGACACGGAUAACAGUCCAAGCACAAGUAAUUCGCAGGAUUCUAGCCAUGUGCUGGAUGCUGAAAACUUGUCUUCUACAUCUGACAAAAGUCCUUCUCCCAGCAGUGAUAGCUGUCAGUUAGACAACUCUUUCUCUUCCAAUGGUGCCAAUAAUACUAUCAGAGAGAAAGAUUCUGAUAAUAACAAUCCAAACAUUCGAAUCUUUUCUAAAAGUGUACACAAGGAGAACACAGGUGCUGAGGUUGUAUUUUACCCAAAUACUGAAGGCACCAUUGAUUUAGAGGAGAGGCUUCGUGAGCUCAUUAUCUCCUUGUUUUUUGUUUUGGAAGGCAAGCGAUUGGAUCGCUCAUUUGAAAGGACAGAAAAAUUACAACUCUUGUGUGCUCCUUUUGAAAAGAGAGAUCUUCAGGGAAUAGACACUGAUAGCAAGUCUUUCAAAAGGAAGUGUCAAGGGCGUCUACGAAAACAUUUAGCAGAUCUCUGCUUACAAGCAGAUCGACCAGGAGAAGCCAUUUUACAUUAUCAGACUUCCUUAGAUAUUCUCAAAACCGUGAAUGAUUCUCUAUGGAUUGGAGCCUGCUAUGAGGGUCUGUGCUCAUCAUCUGUGAUCCUCACCUAUCCACAGACUGGCAGUCCAUUAUUAAAAAGGAAUUUGUCUUUCUGCGUAAGAAGAGGAAAGUCUAAGAUUGAUGAUAUUAAAGCUAGGCCAAGUGUACCUGUUCCUGUCAAACGAAGCUACAGCAAUGGAUGUGAUGUAAUAGAUUCACCACCCAAGCCAUGUUUAGAUCCAGAUGACAUCAUUGAAAAAUAUAAAGAAUCCAUUAUGCAGUACAGCAAAUGCAAAGCAGCAGCUGUGAUAGAAAUGGAAGCCAGUAUAAAAGCUUGCAGAGUAUUAGUGCUGCAACGGAAAUACCUUCAAGCUUCUGACUUCCUUCAAAAUGUGGUCUAUAUUAGUUUACAGAGCAGUGAUGAAGAUAAGAUCCAACGCUACAGUACUCUAGCCAGUUUAUACUCCCAGAUUGGUUUCCAUCGCAAAGCAGCCUUUUUCCGUCGUGUUUCUGCCCUGCAGUGUGUAAAUCCACAAGUUGCCCAACCCAGUUGGUACCAAUGCUAUACUCUUCUAUUACAGGCUCUUGAUGGGUAUGGUGUCACACUUGAUCCUCGGGAGUUCUCCACAGAUAAACCUUGUGGUUGGCCUGUUUUACAAAUGAGAGUUUUACAAGAACUUAUUUUUUCUGCCAGAAAAAUGGGAAAUCCUCAGUUGUCAGUAAGACAUAUGACAUUCCUGUUACACACAAUGCUGGAGCAUUUAAGUGCCCAGGAGAGGAGAGAUGUUGCCAGUGUCCUCAGUUCAUACACUGCCCGCUGUGAGGGAACACCACAGCCUUUAGCCACAGACACUGGCAUUAUAUUCCCCCCUGUCCCAUUGACAAAGUUGCCUUUAGUCAAGUCAUUUAAGCUGAUGAGUGUGGCAGGCCAUUGCCGUCCAGUGAAACUUCCGGGAAGUGGAGAUUCAGUCAAUUCUGAAUUUGAUCAACAAGGUCUCUUCAUCUAUACUCCUUUCUCCUUUGGUGGAACUGAUGAUCAGGAGCACAAAUCCAACAAAGUUGAUUUUUGUUGGGUUGCUGGAGAUGUUUGUGAAGUACACUUAGAGGUUCAUAAUCCAAUGCCAGAUGUGCUAAAUGUUUCACAAAUGGGUUUACUAACAGAUGGUGUUGAAAUGGAUGUAUUUCCAGCCAAUGCGACCAUUCCAGCCGAAUCUGGACCUCACUUAAUUAAACUGUCUGGUAUUCCCAAAACAACUGGAGACCUCAACAUUUAUGGAUAUAUUAGUCAUGUGUAUGGUGUUCGUAGCCACUGUAAAUUAAAGGAUAUCCCUCAUUUGCGCAGUACCCAGCAUAUAGUUGAAGUAAUUCCUGCACUACCUCAUAUUCAUGUCAGUACAUCUUUGCCUAAGGCCACUAACUGCCCAUUGCUGACCCCUGAUGGAAUGGAUAUUAUUACUAGUGCUACAACUGUUCUUUAUGCUGGACAGAGCAUGAACUGGGUUUUGACCAUCAAUAAUCUUGGGAAUCAGAAGCUUGAGAUGUUAGAACUUGGUCUUACGAGCAAACCUGAAUACCGUGGUGCUUUGAAGAAAAUAGUGAUGUGGAAUGAAGGUGGCAUCACUACACAACUUCCCGUGCAACCUGAUGAUUCUAUCAGCAUUCCAAUCAGUCUCUAUGGUUAUAACCAUUUUUAUACUGAUUCUGACAAUUCUGAAGCUUCUGCUUUUACAUCCUCUCAUUCUACGAGUGUUGGCCUCAAGUACAACACAAACUCCAGAAAGACUCUGGAAGUGACUCUAACAGUCUGCUACAGUGGGGGGCCUGGCAUGGAACACUCCUAUUGUCGCCAGUGUGCAAUUUCUCUUCGGCUUGAUAUCCUGCCUACAAUUUCUGUUCAAAAAUGGGAUGUCAUUCCUGCUGGAAGUUAUGAUCGGUGCUUUGUGCUAUUUGACUUGAUGAACCAAUCUAGCCACCAGACAGAAGUACAAUACAAUGAUGGUGGCAAGAUUAUCAUUGAAGCUUCCCAGUGCCGAAGAAUUGCUAUUCCAUUCACUCGAUGUCAUUUGCCAAUACAAGAGGACAACCCUGCAGCCAACAAAUUGCCUCACAAUGACACAGUAUUGUGUCCAAUCAUCAUUGAACCUGUUGAUGUUUGGAAAAUGUAUUUGUCUAAUUGCAUAGAUGUUAGGUGGUCUGCACCAGCUGUGAAUGCUACUGGAAAAGUCUCUCUGGAGAAUGUUGUAUGGAGUGCAUUUCAACUCAAUCUCAUGAAACUCAGUCCCAUCAAAUGGACUGUAGUUGUGAAUUCUCAAUAUUUUGACAUUGCUAACAUUCCUCAAGUUGCCGUUGGUGAGCUGAUUAACAUCCAUAUCACUUUAGUUAAUACAGACUCGGUUGAUGCUCAUCAAGCUGAACUUAGCAUCAGUUGCUACCAGGAUUUGGGUAGUGGGACCACUUGGAUGGAAGCAGAUGAGCAGUGUUCAAUUAUUGGUCUCCGAUCUCUCAAAGUAGACAAAUUGGCUCAAGGAGGUAGUCUGAGUCAUGAAUGUCACUUAAUGUUCCAUCACAGUGGAGUCUACAAAUUUGAUAUCCAAUGUGCUUACCAACGCCAAGCUCCAAAAGAGUCAUUUUCAUGCAAAGAUACCAACAACUCUCAUUUUCAACCUGCAUAUCUCUCUCUCUUUCUCUCUGCACAAAAAUAUAUUCACCAAUCCAGUCUAGACAUUCAACUAAACUCACUUGGCUAA